UCCAAACUUCAUUAACAAUAUAGAGGUCGGUCUUGGGAGGAGCGUUCAUGAUUUCUGAAAUAUUGUAAGUAGUUUAUUGACCGUUUAUGAGAUGAAAAUACAUUGGGCACUGUUCGGGAAAUGUAUUGUGUUUCAUUGUAAAUGGUUUUGAAUAUGUCAAUGUAACGCCUUUAAUUGCCCUUGGUGGCUAGCAUUGGUCAACUAGCUAACGUUAGCAAGCUUCUUCAACGUCUGCGAGACUGGAGCUGGCUGCUGAUGACAAGAAAGGGCACCCUGGCCUGACACAACAAUCCGACUGUCUCGGGACUUCAGUUUGAAUUUGUUGCAACCAUGAAGUUCACGCAAUUUUUGCUAAGGAACAGCUCCAUACCUAAACAAGCACUAGUGGAUCGGUUUUCCAAGUUCUCCCCCUCGCCGCUGUCAAUGAAACAAUUCAUAGACUUUGGCUCGGCCAAUGCCUGUGAGAAGACGUCCUUUGUGUUCCUUCGUCAGGAGCUUCCUGUCCGGCUGGCCAACAUCAUGAAGGAGAUUGACUUCCUCCCUGACAAGCUUCUCAGCACCCCUUCACUACAGUUACUACAGAGCUGGUAUGCAACAAGUCUGAUGGAGAUAGUGGGCUUCCUGGAGAAAGAUCCCGAUGAUAAAAAGAUCCUGAAGAAGUUCACUGAGACGCUGGUGAACAUCAGGAACCGCCACAACAACGUGGUUACCACCAUGGCACAGGGAGUGGUGGAGUACAAGGAUGCCUUUGGCUCCGACCCUGUGACCAAUCAGAACGUCCAGUACUUCUUGGAUCGCUUCUACAUGAGCCGCAUCUCCACACGCAUGAUCAUGAACCAGCACUCUCUCAUCUUUGAUGGAAGCGCCAACCCCGCCCAUCCCAAGCACAUUGGCACCAUCGACCCUGACUGCGCCGUGACGGAGGUGGUAAAAGAUGCCUUUGAUAGCUCCAAGAUGCUCUGUGAACAGUACUACAUGACCUCGCCAGAGAUUGACCUCACACAAGUCAACGCCAAAGGUCCUGACCAGCCUCUUCGUAUUGUCUAUGUUCCUUCCCAUCUCUACCACAUGCUGUUUGAGCUCUUCAAGAACGCCAUGAGAGCAACAGUGGAGACUCAUGAAAUGGCCCUGCAUCUCCCGCCGGUCAAAGUCCGAGUCUCACUGGGCAGUGAGGACCUAACAAUCAAGAUAUCAGAUCGAGGAGGCGGAGUUCCCCUGAGGAAGAUAGAGCGUUUGUUCAGUUACAUGUACUCCACCGCCCCCAGCCCCGUCGAUAUUGACAACAGCCGCAAUGCACCACUGGCUGGUUUUGGCUACGGUCUUCCCAUCUCCCGUCUCUAUGCCAAGUACUUCCAGGGAGACCUGCAGCUCUACUCCAUGGAGGGAUAUGGGACGUCAGCUGUCAUCUACCUGAAGGCCUUGUCCUCAGAGUCUGUGGAAAGACUUCCUGUUUACAACCAGUCAGCCAUAAGGCAUUACCAGACGAGCAAUGAGGCAGAUGACUGGUGCAUGCCCAGCAAGGAUCCCAAGAAGCUGGGGAAGUAUGAGAGGAGAAGUUAACCAAACAGAUGGAGAGAGAGAGCUCAGAUAACAUGAAGAGCGGAGGAGCAGGAGGAAAGAAAGAAGAAGAGGAGGAUGACUGAAAGGAGGAAUGGAAUGAUGAUUCAUAAUCAGAAACUGACAGAAGGUACCCAGUUGUACUGUGUGUGUGCGCGUGUGUGAGAUAUCUGGAUUCUUCGCAAUGGAGAUUCUCAUCCAGCACUUGAAGUGGAAAAACACAUUCAGGUUGGAGGCAUUUCAAUGGCAAUACCAGGAUCUCUAUUCAAUACCAGGAUCUCUAUUCAAUACCAGGAUCUCUAUUCAAAACCAGGAUCUCUAGUCAAUACCAGGAUCUCUAUUCAAAACCAGGAUCUCUAGUCAAUACCAGGAUCUCUAUUCAAAACCAGGAUCUCUAUUCAAAACCAGGAUCUCUAGUCAAUACCAGGAUCUCUAUUCAAAACCAGGAUCUCUAUUCAAAACCAGGAUCUCUAUUCAAAACCAGGAUCUCUAUUCAAAACCAAGAUUUCUAUUCAAUACCAAGAUUUCUAUUCAAUACCAGGAUCUCUAUUCAAUACCAGGAUCUCUAUUCAAUAAGUGACUUUGUGAAUGUUACAGUCAGAAACAGGGCCAUAAACUACUCACAAUCACAUCUCACCUUUUGCUUUCAUUUAGCCACACGUUUCAGGUAUUCAUUUCACUCACUUAUUUUAACAUUAUGACACUGAAUCAGUGUAAAAAAAACUAGCAUUUUGUUUAAAAGGUGUAUUUUAGUUUGUAACUGAUCAUUUAAUUUAUUAAACGCCUGAAUUUGGUUAUACAGUGAUAUAAGCGGCAGGGUAACCUAGUGGUUAGAGCGUUGGACUAGUAAUCGAAAGGUUGAAAGUUCAUAUCCCCGAGCUGACAAGGUACAAAUCUGUCGUUCUGCCCCUGAACAGGCAGUUAACCCACUGUUCCUAGGCUUUCAUUGAAAAUAAGAAUUUGUUCUUAACUGACUUGCCUAGUUAAAUAAUGGUUAAAUAAAUAAAAAGCUGCACUAUCACAGUAGUAUUGUCUGUGAUACUACAUUUUAGGUUUUGUAUCUAGUGUUCUCUAAACUCUUCACUUACGGCUACAGUAUGCAGCUAGAACACUGAGCUCCAUGGACGCAGAUAGAUAUAGUGUGUCAGUCAGAGACAUGUCAAGGCCAUGCUGUCAGUCGAUGGAGGAC